GGCGGCGGCGGGGGCGACGGCCGCGGUCCCAGCGGCGGCAGCCACAGCAGCGGCGGGAGGAGCCUCCAGGAAAUGGAUGAAAAGAGGCUGCUGGAUCCAGGGUUGAAAGUUCAUAAAGGCCUCUGGGAUUAUACUCUGAAGAGCCAGCAGAUGGAAUGCCUGAGUGACUGAAGAAAAUGGGUGCUAAUGCAUCUAACUAUCCUCAUUCAUGUUCCCCGAGGGUAGGGGGAAAUUCUCAAGCCCAACAGACUUUUAUAGGGACAUCAUCCUAUUCUCAGCAAGGCUAUGGUUGUGAAUCAAAAUUAUAUAGUCUUGACCAUGGCCAUGAGAAACCACAAGACAAAAAAAAGAGAACCUCUGGCCUUGCCACCCUCAAAAAGAAGUUUAUUAAGCGUCGAAAAUCGAAUAGGUCUGCUGAUCACGCCAAGCAGAUGCGAGAACUCCUCUCUGGUUGGGAUGUUAGAGAUGUCAAUGCAUUAGUGGAGGAAUACGAGGGAACUUCAGCCUUAAAGGAACUUUCUCUACAAGCCAGUUUGGCUAGACCAGAAGCCCGGACAUUGCAGAAGGAUAUGGCCGAUCUUUAUGAGUAUAAGUAUUGUACUGAUGUAGACUUAAUAUUUCAAGAAACUUGUUUUCCUGUUCAUCGUGCCAUUUUGGCGGCAAGGUGUCCAUUUUUUAAAACACUGCUUUCUUCCUCACCUGAGUAUGGGGCAGAGAUCAUAAUGGACAUCAAUACAGCUGGUAUAGAUAUGCCUAUGUUUUCUGCUUUGUUACACUACCUUUAUACUGGAGAGUUUGGAAUGGAGGACUCAAGGUUUCAAAAUGUCGAUAUCCUCGUUCAGCUUAGUGAAGAAUUUGGAACACCAAAUUCCCUUGAUGUAGAUAUGCGUGGACUUUUUGAUUACAUGUGUUAUUACGAUGUCGUCCUUAGUUUUUCUUCAGACUCUGAACUGGUUGAAGCUUUUGGUGGAAAUCAGAACUGUUUAGAUGAAGAGCACAAAGCUCACAAAGCUGUUAUUUCGGCACGGUCCCCAUUUUUUCGAAAUUUAUUACAAAGGAGGAUACGGACUGGUGAAGAAAUCACAGACCGAACUUUGAGGACUCCCACAAGAAUUAUAUUAGAUGAGUCCAUUAUACCAAAAAAAUAUGCAAAAGUUAUAUUACACUGUAUGUAUACCGAUGUGGUGGACCUCUCCGUUUUGCACUGUAGCCCCUCUGUGGGGAGUCUCAGUGAAGUUCAGGCUCUCGUCGCAGGGAAACCAAACAUGACCAGGGCAGAAGAAGCCAUGGAACUUUACCACAUAGCACUGUUCUUGGAAUUUAACAUGCUUGCACAAGGCUGUGAGGAUAUCAUUGCUGAGAGCAUCUCAUUAGAUACCUUAAUUGCCAUCCUCAAGUGGAGCUCUCAUCCAUAUGGCUCCAAAUGGGUGCACCGACAAGCUUUACAUUUCCUCUGUGAGGAAUUUUCCCAGGUCAUGACUUCGGAUGUUUUUUAUGAGCUCAGCAAAGACCAUCUACUUACUGCUAUCCAGUCUGACUACCUACAGGCAAGUGAACAAGAUAUCCUUAAAUAUCUGGUUAAAUGGGGUGAGCACCAGCUGAUGAAAAGAAUAGCAGACAGAGAACCAAACUUACUGAGUGGCACUGCUCAUAGUGUGAACAAAAGAGGUGUGAAAAGACGAGACCUGGACAUUGAAGAGCUUCGAGAGAUCCUUUCUUCUCUCUUACCUUUUGUUCGUGUUGAGCACAUCUUACCUAUAAACAGUGAAGUCCUAAGUGAUGCAUCAGUGCUAGAUGAGAUGAUGGUGGAACAAACAGAUCUUGUGCGUUUACGAAUGGUUAGAAUGUCCAAUGUGCCAGACACACUUUACAUGGUCAAUAAUGCCGUACCACAGUGCUGUCACAUGAUCAGCCACCAGCAGAUCAGCAGUAACCAAUCAAGCCCUCCUUCGGUGGUAGCCAAUGAGAUUCCAGUUCCUCGUCUCCUCAUUUUGAAAGACAUGGUCAGACGUCUGCAGGAGCUCCGACACACCGAGCAGGUGCAGAGAGCUUAUGCACUGAACUGUGGGGAAGGCGCCACGGUCAGCUAUGAAAUCCAGAUCCGAGUACUGAGAGAGUUUGGUCUUGCCGAUGCUGCUGCAGAGCUCUUGCAGAAUCCUCACAAGUUCUUUCCUGAUGAACGUUUUGGGGAUGAAAGUCCGCUCUUGACACUGAGACAGUCUGGGAGAUGUCGUGUUAACAGCACCCCCACUGCAGAAACCAUGUUUACAGAUCUAGACUCUUUUGUGGCCUUCCAUCCACCCUUGCCCCCUCCACCACCUCCAUACCAUCCCCCAGCUACUCCCAUCCAUAACCAACUCAAAGCAGGCUGGAAGCAAAGACCUCCCAGUCAGCAUCCUUCACGUUCAUUUUCUUAUCCCUGUAAUCAUUCACUGUUUCACUCCAGAACGGCUCCUAAAGCCGGCCCCCCUCCAGUCUAUCUGCCAGGUGUUAAAGCCCCAGCACCUGAUUGUACCAACACCACAGGACUGGGGAGACAGACAGUAGCUGCUGCUGCCGCCGCUGCCGCCACCACCACUACCACCUCCACAGCAAUAGCAUCUGAGAAACAAGUGUGUACACAGCCUGUGCUAAAUGACCUAAUGCCAGAUAUUGCCAUGGGUGUGUCCACAUUGUCACUCAAGGACAGGAGGCUUCCAGAGCUUGCUGUAGACACAGAAUCAAGCCAGUCAGUUUCUGAAGUAGGACCAGGGCCUCCCCAGCAUCUGGCGUGUGUCCCACAGAGGCAUAUACACACGUCUCGAAAGAAACACACACUAGAGCAAAAGACAGAUGCUCGAGAAAAUCAGCAGGAAUAUCCGGAUUUCUAUGACUUCUCAAAUACUGCUUGCAGACCUUCUACUCCUGCUCCUGGCAGACGCACCCCUUCCCCUUCGCAAGGUGGAUACUUGGGUCCUGACCUGUACAGCCACAGUAAAGCACCACCAAGUGGCUUAAAGUCAGCCUACCUACCUGGCCAGACCUCUCCUAAAAAGCAGGAAGAAGCUAGGAGAGAUUAUCCGCUGUCCCCUGAUGGGAAUCUACACAAACAAAAGAAUGAGCCAAUACACCUCGAUGUCAUUGAGCAACCUCCCCAGCGGUCAGACUUUCCUCUGGCCACCCCAGAAAAUGCUGGCAGCGGUCCGGCGCAUGGCAGGGGGCGGACAGCAGUAGAAACUGACUUGACUUUUGGGCUGACUCCUAACAGACCUUCACAUCCUGCAUGUAGCUCUGAAGCUCCAGAAGAGAGAUCCAGUAGAAGACUAGCUGACAGCGAGUCCCUGGGCCAUGGAGCUCAGCGAAGUGUGGAUUUGGAAAGGGAGGAUUCAGUAAGCAGAGGAAGGAGGUCACCAAGCAAACCGGACUUCCUUUACAAAAAGUCUGCCCUCUGAGAGCAACCUCCAUGUCGUCUGUGCCUGAGAUGUGAAACAUCCCAUUUUAUUAUGUAACCCAGCAACUUCGAGACCCGCUUAUUGAUGCCAGCUGAUAACUCAGUUAUUUUAUUCCAGUUUUUGUACAUACAUGUUUAUUAGACAUGGCAUGCUAAGAGGGUUAUUUUGAAUGCUGCAUCUGUCUGUUUUGUGUUUGAACAAUUGUGUGGGGAAGCAUUUUUAACAGCAAGCAAGCUGGCACUUUUUUUUCUCUUUACAGAUGAAUUUUUUGCACUUGUCCAUUUAUUUUAUCUGUAUUGAUUUUAUAUCAGUAUGUUAAACUUUAUUGCCGCAUUUAAAGGACUGUAUUUUCAUACUUUUUUGCAUUUUGCCAUUCAUCUACCAAUUUCCAUGUGCAUUGGAUUGCACACUAAGAUGUAUUUUCUUAUGAAAUAGUUCUGUGUUUAUUUUUUAAUUAUAGAAAUUCCAAAGAACAGCACAUCAAAAUGCUCCUCUCUUUUCAAUAAUUGUUUUGGUUCAGAAAUCUUCCUGCUCAGUCUCUUUAAAUCUAUUGUCAUUCUUUUUUAAUAAGUCUGGGGAGCUGGUCUUCGUUCCUUCAGUGGGAGUCCCGUCAGGAUCCUGGAGUUUCCUAGUUCACUAGAGAACAGGAAGGAGAAAAGCCUUUGGUACCCAGGCUGCAAAGCUCUUGCUGUGUUCACAGUGCAGACGCCGUCAGAGCCGCUGCAGAUUCUGGUAGCAUGGACUAGAGGCACGAGAUGAGACUCUAAAGAGAUUGAGUUCUUAGAAUCCUAACGCCGUGGAGAUGGCGAAGUAACCUCCAGCCUGCACCACGGGCUUUCUGGUUCCAGCGUCCUCGACUCUCCAGCUGAUGGGGAAGUGACUGCUUGCUGCCUUCAGUUGUCUUGCUCUAUGUGGGAAAACAAAAAACAAGGGCUUCAGUCUUACGAUGUCAUUUGGUGUUUGUAAGCAUAUGUUUUCUUUUAAAUGUUUUUUAAAGUGUGUCUGAAUUUUGGUGUCCUAUAAAAAAAUUGUAUAAUGCAUAACGCUUCAUUACCAAAAGAGAAAAAACUUUUUUUUUUUUUUUCAGUGAAAACACUACAUGUCCUACUUGAACUCCACUAGGGAUGCUGGUUUGGGAUUUUACUGAACCACUGAGCACAUGGGAUCUUUAAGAUCUUCUCCCUUGGAAGGGCAAUGUGUGAACUAAGGACUUUUUUUUACUCUCCAAUGUAAAUAUAUUAGUAUUUGAGUUUUUAAAUCACUUCAACAUUAUUCGAGCUUUCACUUUGUAUUUUUACAGACACAUACACACAGCCGUAGCACUUAGAAGAGAAGAGACUUUCUGCACAGUCCCUCAGGGGAGUGUGUGUCUGGGAGUCUCUUUUCUGUGUAUGUGUAUAUAUAUAUAUAUACAUAUAUAUAAAACUAUGAAUCACUGACACUCACUCUAAAACUAUGCAGGGCUAGGGAGCCUUUACAAGCUCACAUAAAUGAAUUACAUGCACUUUUAAGUCAAUAGGUUUCUAUUGGGUGUCAACAACUCUGAUUCCUCCCAAAACUGUAGAUUCUCUUACAUUCUUUUCCUACUUUACCCUGUGGAUGUACACUCAGGAAUAAUCUGGCAUUUUUAAAAAAUCCUGACAGUAGGUCGUCUCAAAGAUGGGAAACAUCGGUAUGUCUGUGUACACCGGUACACUGCUGCCUCUCGUUCUGCUACCCGACUCCUUAGCUGCUGCUGGUGUGUCCACCCGCGUUGUGAGGUUGCGUACUGAGCUCCAGAGUUAACACUAACCUAUUUGUAAGGUCAGCUGUGCAUUGCCUUUGAGGCUCCCUUUUUUAAAGACAGAAAAACAGGACUGACUGUUCCAUUUUUAGGAGGUUUGACUCUAAUAGAUGAUGGUGUCUUUUGAAGCCAAUCUCAGUCUGUCUCUCAGAAGCUAAAAUUAAUUCCAUUAUAUUCCUUAAUGUGUGUUUAUAUCUUGUGUUGACAUGAAUUACUUUGAUGUAGUUUUAAAUAUUCUGAAUUCAGACGCUACUGUGCUGGUACUACAAAUAAGAGUGAGUAGAGUUAAUUUGGGUGGAAAAAACUUGAUCUGUGUUUUUUAAUUUAAAAAAACAAUAACAACCUUAGACAAGAGCUAUUGAUGUCACACAUUUAUUCUCCUGAAAAUUUAUUAAAUAUUAUUUCAUAUCCCCGAAGUGUAAUUAUAAAAAUAAGUGGCCAUUGUUCAUAGUUUCGUUUAAUUUAUGAAGUUUGCUUUUAAUAAUUUAGUAGCUUACCUGGCUGAACUACGUGUACAAAAAGAAACUUACUUUAACCUAUGGGAUUGUGAGCUGAUGUGACUUGCGAAGAUAAACAGAUGUGGUUGUGUGUGCUCGGGUAGGUGUUAGACUUUCAGUGUGUCUUGUGAAGUGUGCUUAAUAGGGUAGGUAGGUUGAAUAGCUCUGUGCCUCUGGCUUUUGAACCCAUCUAUUAAAUCUUUUUUAAUGCUUACUAAGCAUUAGAAUAUUUUAAUGCUGUACUGAGAUAAAUGUGAAGUCUGAGUAGGAUUGCUCUCAGAAAAAACACACAUGUACAAUGUAAAAUUUGGCCACAGGACCUGGCAUUUUACUGUGUAGAAAUUUUGUGAGAACCAAAUCGCAGAGUACCAGAUCUUAUCUCGAGGCCCCGACAAUCAGGCCGUCAGACAAUCACCACUUUGGGUGCCCACUUUGUGGAGGUUACAGAACUACUAUUUUGUUCCUGGAUCACAAAGAAUAUUGGCAUUUCUUCAAGAUGCUGUUGGUCUUUUUUUUUAGUUUUGUGAUUUCGAUGAACAAUUUAAGUUCAAAGUCACCUGUGACUCCUAAGGGAAAAAAGCAUGAAAGGCGAAAUUACUCCUGAAAAAUGGUCGUUUGAAUUUUCCACAUACCAUACCCUUUUUCACCUGCCCCCUCAGCGUUUUUGAGGCGUAUGUCCCUAGACCUAAACUCUUCUGACAUUUUGAUAACCAGUUAGACUUUAUGGAUUUUUAACGAGGUCCUUUUGUUGAAUCCUUUUGUAUAACUCUCUGAAACUUCAUCUAAUUCUCAGUUUUGCUCCCUCGAACUCUGUUUUUAUUAUAAUUGCUAUCCUUUAUUGGGGUUUCUUUUGAUUGGUUGUUCAAGUUCUGGCAAUGGGCAAUACUUGUCCAUUGAAUUAAGGUGAUGGUGUGGAGUGUGAGGGGAACAGCCUUGAGGCAGCAGGGCCUGCAUGUGUCCAUCUCUAGAGAAGAAGGUCUAACAUUUCUCAGUAACUACUCAGCAAAAUAUGUAUUUUCAUAAUGUUUAAUCUGCCUUUUAGGAAAUAUGUUUCAUGAAACACUUGUAAGGUAUUUGUUUUGCAUUUCUAAGGCAUUCAUGUUUAUAUCUUAGGACUGAACUCAAAGGGAAAUGUUUGAAUUUUAAAAAAUUAUUUGAUUCACUUCUUUCUAUUGAAAGUUACUAUUAAAGCAGCAGUGAUGGGUGCUAUUCCCGAUUCUGCAGUGGUUUACUUCGUCUACUAAGUAAUUUACUUUCAAACCUCAUUACAGAUAACCUUACUGAAAGAGUUACCAUCACACACUAAAAGGUAUUUUACUGCUUUCCAUCAGCACUGUUGAAUGAGCAAUGUUUUCUGAAUGUUCAGCUGUCUUUUUGUCUGAUAAAUUUGCAAUAGCUGUUAUGUAAUUCUUAUAUUGGCAGGUCUUUGAUAUUUUUUCCUCCAGAAAACUCUGACCAUCUGUCAAUCUUCCAUAUUCUAAAUAUUAUAUUGCUGUGGCUGUUUCUAUAGAAAGAUUACUUGCAAGUGUGUGUCUUGAAAAUAACCUCUUGUGUUUGUGUGUUUAUGUGAGCUCUCAGAGAUGAGCUCUGGAAGCUUCGUCAUGUCCCUGCACCUGACUGUUCUGUAAGCAGGUGGUCUGGAUCCUGCUCUUCGAUGGGGUGGCUGAAAGGUAAAGGUUCUUGAACUUCUUGCUGUUUAUGUCCCGCAUCUAUACUUCAGAAGUACUUCUACAACACUGCAUUUCUUGUGGUUGUGCUGUUACUGGUAUAAAGUCAAGUGCCUUCAAUGCUAAAGGCUCAGAAAUUUUUCUUAAACUGAUUUCAUGUCCUAUGCAAGUGUUUUCUACAACCUGCAUAACCAGUACUUUGUAAAACUUGUUUACGCUUCAAUUGUACAUAGUGUUUUUUAAGGAAAUAUAUAGUAUUUUUAUUUAGGUACCUCCAAACUUGAAUUUGUCUGUGUGAAGCAUUGUAAAACGAUACAUCUCUCUUUUGAGUAUCAUUACCGUUGUACAAAGGUUUUCACUGGUUCUAUUUUUCUACUGUUACUGAUAAGCAUGUAACACUGACUUUAUCCUACAUAUAGUUGGCAUUUCAAAUAAAUGGCUUGUAUAGAA